CUGGAUGAUAGCUUUCAUGGGAUGGUUACAGAUGCUUGGAACUCCAUUACUACUGGUAGAGGGAUGAGGGGCCUAGCUACUAAACUUAAACACCUAAAAAAAUGUAUCAAGGACUGGAAUCAUAACCACUUUGGAAAUAUAUUCUCUCAAGUCAAGGAAGCAGAGAUGGAGGCUCUCCAAGCACAAGAGAAGUUUGAAGAGUCUGAAACUCCUUCCAACAGGGAGGCUCUUAAUCUAGCUAAUGCUAAACUUCUCCUAGCUUGCAAUAAGGAAGAACAUUAUUGGGCCCAAAAAGCAAAUGUGAGAUGGCUUUCUUGUGGUGAUUCCUCUACUAAAUUUUUUCACUCUUAUGUGAAAGGGAAGAGGAGAAAAGCAAGUAUCAGACUCCUUAAAAAUCAAGAGGGGAAAGAGAUGGAGGAUCAAAGUGAAAUCUCCAACUUUAUUACCAACCACUUUGAGAACACCUAUUCUGAAGAUUACACUAGAAACAUGGACAACAUUCUUCCCCACAUACCCAAUCUUCUUACAGAUCAAGACAAUGACUCUAUGGUGAAACUGCCCCUUGAGGAGGAGAUCAAAACUGCAAUCUGGCAGCUUAAUCCUAAUAGCUCAGCAGGACCAGAUGGAUAUAAUGGUGAGUUCUUCAUAAAAUUUUGGGACACUAUUAAGGAGGAUAUCAUCAGUGCUACACAGGAAUUUUUCCUUGGAAUUCCUAUUCCCAAGGCAUUUGGUAGUACCUAUAUUAUCCUAAUACCUAAGAUGGAAGGAGCUAAAGCUAUUGGUGACUUUAGACCCAUAGCUUUAUCCACCUUCUUCAGCAAAAUGUUCUCCAGAAUACUGGCCAACAGAUUAGCCCCUCUUCUUAACAAGCUAAUCUCCCCUGAACAAGCUGGGUUCUAGAAAGGGAAAGGAAUUGAGGAGCACAUUCUUCUAACUAAUGAACUCAUGCAUAAACUUGAAUCAAAAGUUAGAGGAGGU